GACAAGAAAGCAGAAAAGGAAAGUCGGCGGCGGGAAAGGAAAGUCGGCGGUCAAUCCUGAGAGGAAAUAUGCAAGGAUCUCCGAACGUUUCCGAUGCCUCUUCCGCAGAGGAAGGUUCGGUUAAGUCGGACGUUGAUUUCCAGUCUGACGAGCCUGAUAGCCCACAAAAACUGAGGAAAAUCUCUUUUGGAGACAUGGCUGAGCUUGGUGAAGAUGAUGAUGACGAUAUUAGGCCCGGAAUGGAGCCUUUGUUUUGGCAGCUUUGUGCUCAAGAGCAGAAAACGUGGAUUGAUGAGAAUUAUAUUGCUGAUUCUGAUUCUGCUUUGAACGCCGAUGCAUUCUUGGACGAAGUUAAUGAAAACAUAGAUGAAAGUGCUGAAGCUCCACAGGAGCUAACUCUUCCGUUGUUAUCAUAUCAAAAACAGUGGUUGGGUUGGGCUCUGAGACAGGAAUUGUCUGCAAUUAAAGGAGGCAUACUUGCGGAUGAGAGCGGAAUGGGGAAGACUCUGCAGGCAAUUGCUCUUGUUCUUGUGAAGAGAGACGAUGAAUCUUCCCUGCAACCUACUUCAUCAAAAAAUGUGGUUAAAAGUACACUAGUGAUUUGUCCUUUGAUUGCUGUGGAUAAGUGGGUAAGGGAGAUUCAUAAGUCUACUUUAAGGGGAACUGUAAAACUUCUUGUUUACACUAGGAACGCCAGUAUUGAAAUUGAAGAGCUGUCGGAUUAUGAUUUUGUCAUAACCACAUAUUCUGUUUUAGAGUCAGAAUAUAGGGAGAUGGUAAGAUCAUCAAUGCCAAAUGUUGGAAGAAUAGCUUCAAAGCUUAGUGUGAAAGAAAAUCGAGAAAAAUUACUUUACUCUGUGAAGUGGAAACGAGUCAUCUUGGAUAAGGCUCAUUUUGUGAAAGAUACGGCAAGGGCUCUUAUGUCUUUGGAGUCCUCUUAUAAAUGGGUUCUCAGUGGUGAUACGCUUCACAACCGUAUUAGAGAGCUUUACUCUAUAGUUCAGUUCCUGCAAAUAGUUCCAUACUCCUAUUUUUUCUGCAGAGAUUGCAACUGCAGAAUUCUUUAUCAUAGUUCAUCAGACCAUUGUUUACACUGCAAGCACGCUUCUGCGAGGCACUUUUGUUGGUGGGAUAGGCAUGUGGCAACCCCAUUGGAAGACAACAAUGGUGCUUUUGAUAAUAGAAAGAGAGUCAUGAUAUUGCUGAAGCACAAAAUUUUGAAAGAGACUCUUUUACGACGUAGAAAGAAGGGCUUGGCAGCGAAAGAUCUUUCUCUUCCUCCUGUUGAGAUUUCGUUGAGGCCAGUCACUCUGGAUCAGGAUGAAGAAAACUAUUAUGAAUCUUUGUCCAAUGAAUGUCGGGAAAAAUUUUAUGAAUGUGAUGAAAUUUAUUUUGAGAAGAUUAUAUAUGUUCACAGAUUUGGUAUUAUUAAACGAUUGCUAAAGGCGGUCAGUCACUGUUGCCUCGUGGAUUAUUCUGAUAGUGCUGUGCAGAGACUGGACAGACAAGAAUGUUGUCAUAUUUGCCAUGAAUCAGCAGAAGAUCGUGUGGUUACCUCAUGCAAGCAUGUUUUCUGCAAGGCAUGCUUGCUGGAAUAUACAGACUUUUUGGGAGAAGUGAUAUGCCCAGUGUGCCAUGAAGUCUUCAUUGUUGAUCUCAAAGCCUCAAAUGCUGGAGAUGAGACUAGCCACUCACAAAGUCUUAUAGAGAGAUUACAAAUCGAAGAUGUAAAGACAAGCACCAAAAUUGAAGCCUUGAGGGAUGAAAUCAGUCGCAUGGAAGAUUCUGCCAAAGGAAUUGUUUUCAGCCAUUUCCCACCAUUCUUGGAUCUCAUUGAGUACUUCCUCCAAAAGUAUAAUGUAAAAUGUGUUCAAUUGAAAGGAAGCAUGUCUGUUACUGCACAAGAUGUCACGAUGAAAAAAUUUUCAGAGGAUUCAGAUUGCAAGAUUCUUCUCAUGAGCUUGAAAGAUGGAGGGCUUGCUCUUAAUCUCACAGCUGCAUCAUAUGUUUUCUUCAUGGAUCCUUGGUGGAACAAUGGUCUGGAGAAGCAAGCUCAAGAUAUGGUUCAUCAAAUAGGGCAGGUUAACCCAGUCAGGAUUGUGAGAUUCUUUACUCAGAACACAAUUGAGCAGAGGAUUUUGACACUGCAAGAGAAGAUGGGAAUAACUUUUAGAGGGACUGGAGGCAACUUUGCAGAGGUUAUAAGCAGAUUGUCAGAGAAAGAGAUGGAAUUUUUGUUCGAGAAGUAAAACAGGAUUUCGGAUUUGUUUUAAUCCUCACCUUUUGUGUUUUAGAGAAGUUAAAAUGAAAAAACGAAGUUGUAUUUGACUUUGGAAGUUUUCAAAAUAACUAACAUUUCAUUCC